CCGGGGAGGUUUUACAAUCGCCGCCCGCCUCGCGCCCACCAUGGAGGAGCGGCUGUCGCUGCUGGUCCGGAGCCCCGCGCAGCGGCACCGCGACCUCCGCCUCAGUGCCGAGCCCGCCUGGACCGUGCGCCGCCUCAAGACCGAGCUGCGCCGGCUGCUGCCCGACGCGCCGUCUGAAGAGAACCAAAAGCUGAUUUAUUCUGGGAAGCUGCUGCUUGAUCACCACUGCCUGGGAGAAUUGUUGCCAAAGCAUGGGGAGCUGCAUGCUCUGCAUUUGGUAUACAACUUCAAGACUCCUGCAAAUAUGCAAGAAACCAAAUCAGAGGUUAAAGCUGAUCAGCCCAAGUUACCCUCAGAAGCCAGGCAGGAAUCAAAUGUGUCUUCCUCAAAUGGUGGAAGAUUGAGGAGCUCUUCAGGUGUCCACUCUUCAGCAGAAGCCAGUAAUGGGCUGGAAACAACUCAGCGUCCCUUCCAGAGCAUGGCUCCUGGCUUCUCUGCAUACACAACCUACAGCAUGCUUCAGAUGUCCUGGUUCCAGCAGAUUUAUGCAAGACAGUAUUACAUGCAAUACUUGGCUUCUACUGCUGCAUCUGCUGACCCAUCCCAUGCUCGGCAUUCUCAGGAGAUACCAGUGGCACCAGUGACACCUCCAGCUCCUCUCCCAGACCCAUUUCCUGCCCAAAACCAGCCUGGAAACCAGAAUGUUGCUGCUCAGGUUAAUGCAGUGGCUGACCAGAACUUGAGGAUGAAUGCCCAAGGGGGGCCUCUCGUGGAGGAAGAUGAGGAGGGUGGCAACCGAGACUGGUUGGACUGGCUCUACUCAGCAACACUGUUAUAUGUUUUUAUCAACAUGGUCUAUUUCUACUCCAGUAUCAGCAGACUCCUCCUUGUCAUGGGUGGCACUGUUCUGAUGUAUCUGCACCAUGCUGGAUGGUUCCCAUUUAGACGAAGACCAGUUCAGCCCUUCCCAGGCAAUGUUCCUCCUCAAGCUGCUCUAAACCAGGACCAGAACAAUAACUUUCAGGGGGAAAAUGGAGGCAGAACAAAUGAGUCUGAGACACCUCCUGAUGAGGGACAGGCUUUCCAAGAACUGCAGCAGGCCAACCCUUCACUCAUGAGCACAGUGUGGGUUUUUUUCAAGACUUUCUUUGCAUCCCUCCUUCCAGAAGGGCCUGGACUGACCCGCAACUGAUUUGUCACCAAUCUGCUCGUGUGAAACUGCAGUGGACACCUGAGAGAACUGGACACCAGCUCCACACCAGGCAUGGAGAGGGAUGGCACUUCCUCUGGCUUUCACUGACCAAGCAAAUAAAGCUGCAAGAAGCCUUACAUCAUUACA